ACUCUUCUGAAAACCCAAGUUCCAUCCCAACAAACCAUACAUUACAUACAUACACAGAUACAGUACAUACAUACACAGACACAUGUACACACAGACACAUGUACGUACAUACACACCAACACACACAUACAUGCACACACAGACACAUGCAGACACAUGUACAGAUACACACAUGUACAUAUACACAGACACAUGUACAACUGUAUAUGCAUACACAGACACACACACACACACCACCACAUCCCCCCCCAUAAAAAGUUGCAGUACUUCAUUGUUCACUCACAUAUCCAGGUACUGCACCCUAGGGGGAGGCAGAGAGCACAGCGCACACUCCUUGCUUUGCUUUCACUGCGCUCAGCUAUUGAGAAGUCUGACGGCUCCCAGUGCCAAUGACAGAUCCAUCCUGAGCUCCAAACCUGCUCAGCAAGAUGGCCCUGGGGGACACACUCACCCCCACCAUAAUUUCCACUCACCAUUGGUGAGCAGGCAAGUGGAAAUUUCAAGC